AUGUUCGGCAAUAGGCGGAAUUCCCAGAAGCCCGACGAGGGCCUUAUUAACAAGUUCCAGGCAACAUUUUCUGACAUUGUGCGGCCGACCAGAUGUGAUCCUCCUGGACCCACGGAGAACAAUGAGAAUUCAAAUUAUCGGUCUGCUCGGGGCACUCCUGGUCUGCGCUUUACGCCCUUGUUGAACGACCAGUCUGGUCUUCGAUUCUCGCCGUUUCUGGAUGAUCAGUUCCUUCUCACGCCAAAUGCAAAUCACACUUACCAAAAUUACAAUCCGAGCAGUUCCAAUACCGUCUUUCAUGGCCCCGCCGGCGACUUGCACACGCCCCUCGUGGACUCCAGCUUGAUGACCCCAAAAACGCUUCUUGAACAAUUCGCGGUCACUCCACUACAUAGAAAUAACAUCGAUCCAUUUCAGGAUGUUGCAAAUACGCAUUCCGUGGCGCAAGAGCCUCAAACCAUCGCUCCUGUGUAUCAGCACGAUGCAUAUCCGCCCUCCGCAUUUGAUCACUCCCACUUAGCCCAUAGUACUCUCGAUGGAACGGAGGAGGCGAUGUUUCCCAGUGCUGUCAAUAAUCAGCAGACACGGAAUCCCCAGCUUGUCACCCCGCAAGAUAGCCAUUCACCGGAUACGAACCACUCAAGCCAUAACGACCAGCAAUUCAGGUAUCAGGUGACAUUGAAUACGCCCACGGCCAUGAUGAAUGAUCCCAAACAUCCGCCUAUCACCUAUCUCAACAAAGCCCAAAUAUACCCUCUAUCGAUUGUGGAUUCUGCCCCACCGUUGACCAACGACAUUGUCAGAUAUAAAAGCUGGAUCCGGGUCACCUUUGACGACGACGAGCAGGCAUCGAAUCCGGCCGCUUCUUGGGCGUUAUGGAAGGAGGCUCGAGGGCAUGAGGCAUAUCAGAAAGAUGGAAACUUAUAUGCUAUUGAGUUUGUGGGCUUGUUCCCAGAGAAGGAAGGCCAAACCUGCGAUCAUAUCCAACUGGAAAGCAUUGCUCUGGAUGGAUUUUGCGUGUCAUGGUACUCGGACCCAGCUUCCGGGAGGCGAGGUUGCUCGAUGGGGGUCCGCUUCCACUUCCUUUCAACGGAUUUCAGUCACAUAAAGGGUGUGAAGGGAGCUUCUAUCAAAUUAUGUGCUAAGACCGAGACUAUCGGCAAAGAACCUGCCGAGCUAAGCUGUUGCAAGGUGAAACUAUUCCGUGAGCAUGGAGCGGAACGAAAAAUGUUCAAUGAUGUCUCCCAGCUGAAGCGGGCCAUUGAACGACGGAGACAUGAUUUUGGAAAAGUCGAAAACGGAGGUGAUAGCCUUGGAAAGCGAAAGCGAGGAAGUCGGUUUGCGAGUUAUAAGAGCGACAAAGAGCUCGAGGAGGAGAGGAGAGAUCAGCUGCAAAAAAGCUUGGAUGAUGAGUUGGCCAUGAUGCAAAAGCGAUUCUAUUCCAACCGGCCUGUGACUGUUUUCCAUCUGCCGGGCAACAGAAAGGAUGACCCGGAGCUGUUUCCGAUCAACAUGGCCGACAACGUGAAGCAAGAAGAUGAUAACAAGGUGAACUUGCAGGCAUCAACUGUGGGCAACAUGUCGAGCAAGCUGUCAAUCAACUCGACAGAUCACCGAACACCAGGACUCCAAAAGGAUGCAAUUCCACCAAUUCCAGAACCAACUACCGGGCAAGCUGACUCGAAGCCUGCCGCUAGCGUGCAUAAAGCACCUGUUGCUUGUUUCUAUCUUCGAUUCCAGAAAAGCUACACGCAGCAGGAUGAUUACCACACAGCGGUAUAUCUGACGGAGCGUACCGCAAAGGAACUGAUGACGAAAAUAUCCCAAAAGCAACGCUUCACCCAGGAUCACAUUCUGCAUCUAUUCCAGGUCAAAAAUGGAAUGAAAGUCAUCAUUGACGACGAUGUAGUCCAGCGAAUCCCGGAUGGUCAGGACAUGAUUGCUGAGAUUUCCGAGAUCAACAACACAGCCAGUGGUGGAGGUUCAACUGUCGAGGUCAGGCUCGACUUCUGA